AUGGAUGAGAUGAGCAAUGAAGACAAGACAACGACAGAGACUUCGGGCUCAAGUGAUUCAGUCUUGCCGCUCAUGAAACGCGUGAAACCUACUGUUGUUGUUGAAACGCCUCCUGCCUUGUCUAACACGGUGACAACAACGAAAUACAAAGGAGUGGUUCAGCAGCAGAACGGUAAUUGGGGUGCUCAGAUUUACGCGGACCAUCGGAGGAUUUGGCUUGGAACUUUCAAAUCCGCUGCUGAAGCCGCCGCUUCUUACGACAGCGCAUCCAUUAAGCUUCGAAGCUUUGAUGCUAACUCGCACCGGAACUUCCCUUGGUCUGAUUUCACGGUCCAUGAACCGGAUUUUCAAAAGCCCUUCACGACAGAAGCUGUGUUGAACAUGAUCAAAGAAGGUUCUUAUCAGCACAAGUUCAGAGACUUUCUCAAACUCCGAUCUCAGAUGGUGGCGUGUAUCAACAUCGGUGGAUCAAAACAAGUUCAAGGUGGAGGAGGACGAGGAGAAGCAGCUCAAGAAUCGGGAAACUGUUUUUCUUGGACGACGGAGCUUUUUCAUAAGGAGUUGACACCGAGCGAUGUAGGGAAACUGAAUAGGCUUGUGAUACCUAAGAAGCACGCAGUGAAGCAUCUGCCUUACAUAAGCGAUGAUCACAACGAGAAAGAAGAGGGCGAGACAGGAGGAGCUGUGGAUGAUUUGGAAGACAUAGAGUUUUACGACAGAGAAAUGAGACAAUGGAAGUUUAGGUAUUGUUACUGGAAAAGUAGCCAGAGCUUUGUCUUCACCAGAGGAUGGAAUGCAUUCGUCAAGGCGAAGAAUCUCAAGGAGAAGGAUAUUAUCGUCUUUUACGAUUGCAAUGUCCCGAGCGAUGCCAAGACAUUAGAAGGCCAAAGCAAGAACUUCAAGAUGAUCGAUGUUCAUUACUUUUCAGGCAACGGUUUCAUGGUUCCUGAGGAAGUCAAUAAGACGGCUCAGGAGAGUUCUGGUGAAGAAAUGAAGACAGGAAACGUCUUUAGCUCAAAGUUAGAAGAUGAAGAACCCAAAUCUGAGGAGAAAAAGGGAGGAGGGUUUAUGCUGUUUGGUGUUAGGAUCCAAUAG